GUCCCAAAAAAAAAAUUUUACUCUAUGUGUAUCAAUUAUUGCGAAUCUAGUUAUAAUGUAUUUAGUUAGCGGGCGGUGCAGUUGUUUUGGGUAUUUCAAUUUUUGAUAGUUUUACAAUGGAAGCUAAUUCAGAAAAAAAUAAAAAAAAAACUAUCUAGAGCAGGGAGCUGGCCCAACAAAUGUGGGAAAGAGGCUUGGACUCAGUAAAUCUACAGUGCGGACAAUAAAAAAAAUGAAAAUGCAAUUAGAAAAUCUGUAGUUUCCGGCAAAUAUGUAAAUGCGAAGAAAACUUCAUACUCAAGAAAAACAUUUGAAGAAAUUAUUUAUUAACAGUUUGAAUUGGGGAUCUCAACCAGAAACGAAUCCCAGUUGAUACUACAACAAUAAAACAAAAAGCUCUACGUAUUUAUCCACUAGAUGGCCAAUAAAAAAGCCUGGGUAACUGGAAAUAUAUUCCAAGAAUGGUUUACUAAAUGCUUUGUACCAGAAGUUAAAAGUUAUUUGAAAAAGAAGAAACAACGCUUUAAAGCUCUUUUAAUAAUUGACAAUGCACCAGGCCAUCCGUUGAUUGAACAUCCUAAUGUAAAUAUCAUUUUCCUCCUGCCGAAUACUACAUCAAUUAUCCAGCCGAUGGAUCAAGGCAUUAUUGCGACUUUUAAAAUGUACUACCUCAAAAAAACUUUUCAGUGCAUUAUGGAAAAACUGGAGGAAAAUCCUGAAUUGGACUUCACAGAUGCUUGGAAAAAUUUUUCUAUCAAGGAUUGCAUCGUGUACGCGUCAAAAGUAAUUUCUGAAAUAAGGCAACAUACGUUAAACGCGUACUGGAAAUCUCUUUGGCCAGAAUGUGUUAAAAGUGGUAUGUCCGUGACAAGCAAUUCAACUAAUUAUUCAGAUACCAUUGAUUUAGCAAGCUCCGCGGGAGGAGAAAUUUUUGCAGAUAUGACGAGAGAAGAUAUUGACCAGAUUCUUCUAGACCGAGAGCUCGAUGAUGACGAUUUAAUUGAAAUAGCCACGGAAGUAAUCGAAUCGGAAAAUGGUAGCGACACCGAGAUAGACGAGCAUCCAAUUAAAGCAGAGACGAUUAAGCAAGGUCUUAAACUUGCAGCAGAAUUGGAAAAUUAUUUUGUAGCAAAUGAUACUGAUGCCGAACGUGUACGAAUUUUUCAAAAAGAAUUGAGUCUCUGGAUGUUAAGAUAUAAAGAACUACAUCGGAAUUUAUUGGGUCCAAAAAGAAGCAUUCAAACAAAAUUAACUGAAUUUAUGGCGCAAACUCAGUCGGAGAUGCUAAGUCAAUCAGAGCAUCAAUCCAUAGUUCUAACUAUUGAUUGUGAUACAAAUUCUAGUGAUAUCAGUGCAGGUCAUCAAAAUAAGCGGCUAAGAAUAAUUUCCACUACGGAUAAUGACAGUUUUUAAACAGCAUUCAACGGUUUUUUCAAUAAAUCUACCUAUUUUCUAUUUUCUUCUCUUUUAU